AUGCUUCGAGCUCCACUGUUUCUCAACAUUGCCGCCAUUCUACAAUUGAUCAUGUUGACGCCCGAAACGUCGAUGACACAAUAUCAGAAAAUGGUGGUGGUCUGGGGCCAACCCGUCGAGUUUACCGGCUAUUCGGACGGUGGCACUUGGGCCGACUGCCUCGCCACGUGUUAUGAGACUCUCGAGUGUGUCGUACGUUUUUGUCUAUGCGUUUUUUUUUCGGAUUUUGUCGAUUUCUAGCUGGUGUACAACGCCUCCACCGGCUGCCAAAUGUUCAUGUUUGGCAAUUUGACUCUCGUCGAACAAUUGGAUAGUUCCGCGCAAGAGAAAGUCGCGUUCAAGGUAGGAAUAACGUGAUUUAACAGUGAAAAAAGGCUACCCACGGUCUGCAGAGCUGACAAUAUGGGCGUGGCCUCGGCCAAACGGCGUUUUCAUGAAUUGAGCGGGUUUUCUCUGAUUUUUGUGGUCAACGGCGAUGAAAAAUGAUUGUUCGGCAUGAAAACACACUAAUUCUCAGAAUUAAUGACGUUUUGGCGCAUUUUUCGCGGACUUUGCUUUUUCGCCUUCGCUGCCUAAAAACCGCACUUCUCAUUUUGCGCAUUCUUGACCGUUUUCAGACAGAAUUGGUUUUGAGAAUGAUAAAUCACGUAAAUAUAAGCAUUUUGAGCGCUCGAACCGCGAAAAUUACCGAAAAGCAACUGAAAUUCACGCAGUUUUAGCCAAAAACCUUCAAACGGAUAAAUGUGAUUUGCGACUUGACCAAAUUUAACGCUCUUGCGCUUAAAAAAUUCGUAAUAGCCUAUAAAAUCGGUCUAUCGAGAGACUAAUCAGAAAUUAUCGAUUUUUCGUGCAUAGUCUCCAGAGCUGAGAAUGGGCGCAAGUGCGCCCCGCCCAAUAGAGCGAUACAUUGGCGCGAAAUUCAAAUUUUAACAGCAAAAUUAGUGUUUCUUGCCAGAUUAACCACGAAAAAUCGAUAAUUUCUCAUUUGUCUCUCGAUAGACCGAAUGUAUAGGCUAUUACGAAUUUUUUAAGCGCAAGAGCGUUAAAUUUGGUCAAGUCGCAAAUCACAUUUAUCUGUUUGAAGGUUUUUGGCUAAAACUCGGUGAAUUUCAGUUGCUUUUCGGUAAUUUUCGCUGUUCGAGCGCUCAAAAUGAUUGUAUUUACGUGAUUUAUCAUUCUCAAAACCAAUUCUGUCGGAAAACGGUCAAGAAAGCGCAAAAUGGGAAGUGCGGUUUAUGGCGGCAAAGGCGAAAAAGCGAAAUCCGCGAAAAAUGCGCCAAAACGUCAUUCAUUCUGUGAGAAUUAGUGUAUUUUCAUGUCGAACAAUCAUUUUUCAUGACCACAAAAAUCAGAGAAAACCUGCUCAAUUCAUGAAAACGCCAUUUGGCCGCCGAGGCCACGCCCAUAUUGUCAGCUCUGGAGACCUGUUUCAGACAAAUUUCACGUCGGACACGUGUCCAGACACCCUGCCGACGCUCGGGGAAAACUCGACCGCUCCCGCGUAUAUCAUCAACCAGACGAUCUACAUCAGUUCCAUCUCGUCCGACGGUCUUUAUUGGUCGUUCAACUUUACAACAAUCACGUGCACCAACACUUCGAAGCCUUUUAUACGGGGCUUGCACGGAGUUUGCCUCCAGGUUUUCUUCGCCACUGUCAACUACACGCAGGCCAUCGAAUUGUGCGCGUCCAACGAUGGCAUGAGCCUUUCGGGGCCAUACAAUAGCGAUGAGGUCACGUGGAUACGAGGUAAACCUUUUCGUUUGCUGAACAAUGCACGGUCUCCCACGGCGCGAAUGAUUUCAAUGGGGCGCACUUGCCACAGGCGGGCUGUGUCGAUUUACGCGGAGGCCGAUUAAUUAAUUUUCAACGGGAGUUCGCGUUCUUUCUAUGUUUUCUGUACAAUACACCUGUUUUUGUACGCCUGGAACCUGCACUCGAUUAAUUAGAGCACUAGCUACGUUUUGGUAACAGAAAUCUCGCAUAUCGUUGAGAAUUAGCCGAGUAAUUUAGAUUUGAAGGUUUUUUAUCCUGGAUUUUGAUGUUUUUCGAAUAGUUUUCGAAAACUGCUCAAGAAAACUAACCGCCGGAACCUGAAUUUUGUGAAGAAAAAUUCAGCGAACAUUUUUAUCGUUCGUUGGGCUCAUGAAAUGCAAAAUGAGCUGAAAUAUAAAGGUUUGAAGUUUUGACGAAAUGCGAAAAACAUGAAAAACUCUAAAUUCUGUAAAGAAAGGUUUCCAAUCAGUAAAGUAUUGUUUUAUAGACGUUUUUCAAGUCAAAAAAGAAGGAAAUAAAGGUCGUAAACUCGAAUUGAACUGCAUUUUUAGACGUGCAAAUUUUCAAAAUUUACAACGACACUCCGCAAUUUACGAGCGCACUGUGUUUAGCAUUAGCGCCCCCUGGGAGACCGUGGCAAUGCGUAAAUGUUUACAGCACAAACGACAGUCUACACCUGGCUCGACGGCAGCUCGUUCACUGGCGCCCAAGAGUGGAGCUAUGAAGACGACACCCACAACGGAUCCGUUGCUUAUCCGUUCGCGAGCGGAAAUCCCGAUAGUAGCAAGGCUGGCUUUUGUUUUUACAUCAACUAUUACGUCAAUCAAGUUGACGAUGAUGCGUGAGUAAAGAUUCUGAAAUUUAAUCGGAAAAAAAUGGACCGUUUUCAGGUGCAGCGCUCGGUACAGUGGCGCCGUUUGUCGAAUGGUUCCGCAGUCGAUCGAGGAAAUCGGACCCUACUAA